GUUUGGAACAUCGAACCAGUUAAGUUUGCUAUUGUGACUAAAAAUGGUGCGAAAUUUGAAGACUUAGACAUAGAAGGUUUGUUAGCAGUCAAAGAAAGUUUUGACAGAAGGUUCUCAAACCUUAAAGAAGGCAAAGCAUACAAACUUGUUAUACCUUAUGAACCAAAGAAGACAGACGACUAUGAAUAUUAUGAGUCUAAGAUAGUUGAAGUUCAAGGUAAAUUGGGUAAAAAGAUUUUAGAGUCUAAGCCAGUGUUUGCUCCUAAAGAGGAAGAGAACAUUGACAUUGACCCAGAAAUGUUCUAA